AGAACACAAAAAUUUUACGUUUGUAAGUUCAAGUCUUUGUUUAUCAAAAAAUAUAAAGUCCACGUCUAUGGAUAUACCAAUUCAACCACAUGCCAAAUUGAAAACGAAUCAAACCUAAACCAAACCGAGGUAAGUUUUGGUUAGAGUUCGAACAAGAAUCUUCUUACUACAACGCAAUCAACGGAGCCCAUAUUGGUCUGCUUUACCUUGCAAAUUACCAAAUACGUUUAUCUAAAUAAGUCAUGUAUAUCUUUGUAAUAAUGUAGUCAAAGUUGGAAUGAUGGAAUCCAAUCUUUUUGGAAACAUGUUUAUAAUUAGGUUGACCAAAUAUAUUGUAUUCAUUACUAAUUUAUUUAGUCAGAUAGUGUUAAUUCAAAGGAUCCCUUGAUUAUAGUUAUAAUUCUAAUUAUAAAUACGAAACAACUCCUUAUUCGUUCUCAUUCAAAUACAAAAGUAUCAAAAAUUCGUAAUUCUUUGAUUUAACAAAGAAAAAAAGAGAAAGAUGAUAAGAACAAAGGUUGUAUCUUUGGUUUUAUUUGCGGCUAUUGUGCUAUGUAUAGGUAUGGUUUUUUUUUUUUUUUUUUUUUUUUAUGGACAAAAACACAUCGCACCGUGGAUAUAUGAAAACAAGUCGAUAUGUUGUAGAGAACAUCCGAGCCUUGGAAGGUGUCUUCCAAACAUCGAUGAUAAAGCUGAGAAUGAUGGGAAAUGCUGGAAAUUCUGUGUUGAAGAGUGCGAAAGAGGAGGUUAUUGCAAACUUUUUGGGAACAAACAUAUAUGUCAUUGCUAUUGUUAAUAUGCCUCAUACAAAAUUAAUUAAGGUCCAACGUACAACGCAAGGAAACAAUUGUUCGAAAUUUAAUAAAGGUUCAACGUACCACAUUGUUCGAAAAUAAAUAACAGAUUGCAUAAAU